UUCCGACUGUUUCAUCCCUCUGACUCACCGCUUCUCCCAUUCCGAAUCCGCUUGAAAGACAAAGGAGAAUAAACAGCAAUGAGUUCCACCGGAGGCUCCACCAAGGGCGGCAGAGGCAAGCCCAAAUCAUCUAAAUCCGUCUCCCGAUCUCAGAAAGCUGGUCUACAGUUCCCCGUCGGUCGAAUCGCCCGUUUCCUCAAAGCCGGUAAAUAUGCUGAACGCGUUGGCGCUGGUGCCCCCGUCUACCUCUCCGCGGUUCUUGAAUACCUUGCUGCUGAGGUUCUCGAACUUGCCGGGAAUGCCGCGAGAGAUAACAAGAAGAAUAGGAUCGUGCCAAGGCACAUACAACUCGCUGUGAGGAAUGACGAGGAGUUAAGCAAGCUUUUGGGUGCUGUUACCAUUGCAAACGGUGGUGUCCUGCCUAACAUUCAUCAAAAUCUUUUACCCAAAAAGGUUGGCAAAGGAAAAGGCGACAUUGGAUCUGCGUCUCAAGAAUUUUAGAAAUUUCUGUUUACCUAUUAUACAUUGAGGCUCCUAGCUGAACUGUUCUUCAGUUUGUAGCCUCUGGCAUUUAUGGUGUCCGGUCACUUUGUAAAACCCUAAUUUUGACUCAAUACACAAGUAGUGAAGAUGGCAUUUUACAAGUUCUA